AUGCUGAAUCGGAAAUCUGUGCUGGGAAAGCCCGGCUUCGUCUGUCGGAGCUGUGUACGACAAUAUCAGUAUCAGCUGCGCCGGGCUUCCACUUCAACACAGGACAAUAUCUAUGAUGUUGUAUGUGUUGGCGGUGGGCCAGCAGGUCUGAGCUUACUGACAGCUCUUCGGGCCAAUCCUCUAACGGCUGGUCUCCGCGUUGCCCUCAUCGAAGCCCAGGACCUUUCCAAAACCAAGUCGUUCUCACUCCCUUUGACCCAGUUCUCCAACCGAUGUAGUUCUCUUACCCCUGCGUCGGCUCAAUACCUCGACAAAAUCGGUGCAUGGCGGCAUUUACAGCGUGAACGUGUGCAGGGCUACCAGGAGAUGCAGGUUUGGGAUGGAGUGACAGGUGCCCGUAUAGAGUUCGACUGGCCACCCAGUACGACCGGGGACAAGACGAUUGCCUACAUGGCUGAAAAUCUGAACUUGACAUCCGGCCUACUCAAGAGAUUGCAAGAACUCGGCGGAGUGGACGUCUUUGACAAGGCGAAAGUGGAGAGUAUUGAUCUGGGCAAGGAGAUUGAAGACUUGGAUCUGAGUGAUUGGCCAGUCGUGCAGCUCUCAAGUGGCCAGUCACUAGUAGCACGACUUCUUGUUGGCGCAGAUGGGGCAAACAGUCCAGUACGCACAUUCGCCGGUAUCAACAGCCGCGGAUGGGACUAUGGUAGACACGGCGUUGUGGCAACCCUCGAGCUCGAAGGCGAGGGCUGGGGCGGCCAAUUCAACAAGAUUGCGUACCAGCGAUUCUUGCCUACGGGCCCAGUUGCAAUGCUCCCUAUGCCUGGAAAAUACGCUACGUUGGUCUGGUCUACUACACCUGAGAAGGCGGCUUUGCUCAAGAGUCUGAGCCUCAAGGACUUUAUCGCUAUGGUCAACGCCGCCUUCCGUUUGAGUCCCGUUGACAUUGCUUUCAUGCAUACGCAGGAGAAUAACCAGGUGGAGGAACUAUCUUGGCGCUUACAGCACACUCAUGUUGACGCGGAGUCUCUUCCACAGACCGCUGUUGGAGUUCAGGAGGGGAGCAUCGCUUCUUUCCCUCUGAAGCUGCGUCAUGCCGACACCUACACUGGCGAACGCGUCGCACUUGUCGGCGAUGCGGCGCACACCAUUCACCCCUUGGCUGGUCAAGGCUUGAACCAGGGUCAAGGGGAUGCCCAGAGCCUAGCCAAAACGAUUGAGUAUGCUGUCUCCCAUGGUCAGGAUCUUGGCACUCAGCUGUCUCUCGAGCCUUACAACAACGAGCGCUAUGCCGCCAACCAUGUCAUUCUUAACGUUUGUGACAAGCUUCAUAAACUCUACUCUGUCGAGAGUGGUCCUCUUGUGCCGCUUCGUUCAGUUGGUCUUCGGGCUGUCAAUGCUCUCGGUCCCCUGAAGAAUUUCUUUAUGGAACAGGCUUCUGGGACUGGUACUAAACUUCUGUAG